ACAACCACUGGCAUAGCAUUCAGUACAGCAAUUCAUUUUUCAAUUCAACGAGUCUCCAACUCCGUCAGUUCCGUCACGAGAAAAUGGAUCUCCCUCUCUCUCAAACCCGUCGGCCGCCCAGCUCGCCGUCGUCACCGCCAAUCCUCCCCGACGAAAUCAUGGCGGAAGUCCUCUCCUUCCUUCCUGUCAAAUCUCUCAUUCAAAUGAAAUGUGUUAGUAAGUUCUUCAACUCCCUCAUUUCCGAUCCCACCUUUAUCAAAAUUCAUCUCCGUCGAUCCGCUCGAAACCCUCAACUCACACUCGUCUCUGGAAAUUCCGUAGCAGAUUUCCGUUUCGUCACUCUCCCUAUAAACAGUUUUCUCGACAAUCCUCUGAUCACCAUUCCGGAGAAGCCUUUCCAUCAGUUGUUGGAUACUGUCCAUUACUGGUUGGUUGGUUCUUGUAACGGAUUGCUCUGUUUUGCUCAUUAUGAUAGUUUCACUAAUAGUUAUAGAGAUUGCUGGCUCAAUUUCUAUAAUCCAGCUACAAAUGCUUUAUCUAAGAAAUUAGGCCAUUUUAAGGAUUAUUGCAAGCAUCGUUAUUUCUUCUCUAGAUAUGCAUUUGGUUAUGAUAAUUUAACUGAUAAUUAUAAAGUAGUCGCUUUACGAGUGGUUGGUGGUGACGAAGAAAUUGGUGACACUGAAACUCAAUUGAGAACACAGGUGAGAGUUUUUAGUGUGGCUGAUAAUGUUUGGAGAGAUAUUCAAGAUUUUCCGGUUGGUCCUCUCCGGUUAACUCUUCCAAGUGAGAACCAUGGUGUUUAUUUAAAUGGUAGUCUUAAUUGGCUGGCGCUGCGUAAUUGUUACUCUGCGGAUAGGUUUUAUCAUAGUUAUGAUAUUACUCUUGAUCAAUUUGUGAUCAUUUCACUUGAUUUGGGUGCUGAGAGACAUGUGCAGUUAAUGCCGCCUCGCGGUUUGGAUGAAGUGCCGCUUAUUGAGCCGACUAUUUCUAUGUUAAUGGAGUCUCUUUGUUUUUGUUAUGAUUUCAAACAAACUUGUUUGGUUAUAUGGCAGAUGAAGGAAUUUGGGGUUGGAGAGUCUUGGACUCAACUCUAUAGAAUUAAAUAUCAAAAUCUUCAACACACUGGAUGCUGGUUGCCUUUGCACAUUUAUGAGAAUAAGAAUACUUUGGUAUUGGCAAACAAGCGAGGCCUGCUAGCUAUAUAUGAUUGGGAAAAUAAUAGAGUAGAGAUAGUUACCAAUAAACCGAGAUGGGCCUUUUGCAAGGAUUAUGUUGAAAGUUUGGUUUCAGUUCGAUGAAAAUCAACAACCCCAAAUUCAAGCACAUCUGGUGCUAUAGUAUUGAUAGAACAUGGUGGAGUGCUUGGAAGAAAAAGGAUGAUGCUUAAUGGAACAAUGGAUAAUUUCAUCAGGGACAUCAGCAAUAACUAGAGUGGUAAUUGGAAGGCUUUGGGGGCUACAACUUAUCACUUGCUUUGGUAUUGGAGGAGCCAAAGAAUGUAUGUGGAUGAUUGUGUCAUGCCGCAUAACUUAGCAAAAGAUAUUGAGGAUAAGGUGCAGUAUUACUUUAGGAGCUUAGAGCUGAACAACAAGAUUGCAGCAAGGAAGAAAGAGGUGAAGCAAGUUCAUUGGAGUCCUGUUAGUGGUGACUGGACAACUCUCAACUCGGAUGGGUCAGUAAAUCAUGCUGGCUUGGCAAGCUGUGGAGGCUUAAUGAGGAGCAGUGAUGACACUUGGAUUCAGGGAUUCACUAAGACACUUGGGAGCAGGUACGAAUUUACUUCAGCUUAUCAUAAGGGAGCUUCAAAAAGUGUUGGAGUUUUGCAUUUUUCAUGUGUAUCGAGAGGCGAAUUGCAGUGCCAACUCUUCCUAAAAUGGGAAGUAGUAAUAGAAUAGGUUCAGCUUAUUUUGAUAAUUGCCCUCAAGAUGUUGUGGUGCAUUAUGUAGCGGAUAAAAUUGGGAGUUCCUCUAUGAGGACUGUGUAACUCUCUUCUUUUUCGGGCUCCGGCCCUCAUCAAUCACAAAUAAAAAACGUUGCAAUAUACUAAACUUACUGUUUAGAUGAUUAUUGGUAAUUAUGUGAAAAGGCUUGUUUUGUUUUUACAUUGCUUAUAGAGUCUUCUUUUUCAUUUGUUUGCAUGGGAGGCUCUGAUUAACUUGGCUCCAAUUAAACUUGCUUCAUUUCAUAACCGCUCCCUUGAGUGUCGGGCUAAGAAUUUUUAGUUGUUUGGAUACUGUGUGGAAGAAUUUGCUGUUUAGAAGAUUUAGGACUUGGUCACGUCCAUAUUUUUUUCUGCAUUAUUUAAUUGUCUGAUAAAAGUGUUCUUUGUUAGUAAUAUGUUAAAAAUUUAUAGGACACGACCUUUCAGUAUUUGCUUUUGCUUACGGGUGCUUUAAUUAUUGAAUGGGGAAUGCAGUAACUUGAUGAUUUUCUGGAGCCCUAUGAAUGAGUGGUAUUGAUGUAACUAUGAAUUAGGAAGUGCCGAGAGAAAGAGGAAUUCAUAUUAUGUAAAAGUGAAAGAAUGAUUUCAUUGAUUGAAACUGAUUACACUGUAGAGAGACGUGUUUGUUUAUAAUGCUUAUGAUUCUUUUAAUAUUAUAUAUAGAUGAUGAACAACUUCUUUUAAUAUUAUGUGAGUUUAGUGUUGAGUUAUUCCGUUACAGUUACUAGAUGAGAAUUGCAUGUUCUGAUCUCUACUAGAUUUCGCGGUCUAGGCAACCUUGUUAAAGAUGUUCUAAGUUUCAAUGUAUUAAACUCAUUGGUUGGAUGAUCAUAUGUAAGUAUGCAAUAAGAGUUGUUUUGUUUUUACCUUGUUAUAGAAUCUCAUUACUUUGUCUGUGCUCGCAGGAGAGCCUCUGGUUAGCUUAAUUCCAAUUAAACUUACUCAAUUUCAUAACCAUGCUUGUGAGUAGUGUAAUAGUAUAUAAUACAUACAGUAGAGUUUUGAAGUUAAACUUUGAAGUUAAACUUAAAAAGUGAUAUACUUUCUUUUAUAAGAAUAGUUGCAUCAUGAAUAACUUGUUCAACUUUUGUUUGAGGUAUUCAAGUAUCUGACAUUUUCCAAAUUGUGGAAGGAGAUUGUGAAGUGCUUGGGAAUAGAAUUGUGCUUUUAAAUAUUUGACUAGUUCAAUAUUGUGCAAAAGAAUGAUGUACAGAAAAAUGGUAAAACAAAUUGGGUGGGGGUGGGGGUCAAACUUGCUUUUAUUGAUAAUCUUACUGAAACUUGUAAAUAAAAAUUAAAUGCAAUCUCAUGAAUGAAACAAAUAGUUCUGCGGAAUGAAAUAACGCAUAAAUAAAAAUAGAAAAGUUUUAAAUAUCAUAUAAAAAAUUACAUUGUUUUAUUUAAAUAAUCUACUAACUUUUAAUAUUCUGAAACACUUUUUGUAAAGAGAAAAAGGAAUAUGCACUGACAGUGUAAAAUAUAUUUACACUGUCAACCAAUCACAACCAUGUAUCCAAUUAAAACAUAAUUUUAAUUCAAAAAAACUAAUAUGACAUGACAAGUGUAAGGAUUUUGAU